GCCCGGACCUGGAGCAGUGCAGGAGCGGGUGGCCGUUUGUAAACUUUCCCUGCCUGUGCAUGCUCCCUGGAAGUGCACGGCACCACAAUCUAGUGUCCAUUGCUGUACGGGACCUCUGUACACAGUGGAGCACCAAUCGUCAGACGGGACCUCUGUACGAGGUCCCGAUCAUGGGAUCACUGAUUGGGCAAUCAGUGAUCACAUGAAGAGUAGUAAGCAAGAUGUCACUUGUGACAUCAUUGCUUACUACGUGUGAAAUCUGUGAAUGAUCACAGAGGUCACAUGGUACAAGGCUAUUCACAACAGCCUUGUACCAUGUGACAAGCUGUGACCAAUCACAGCUCACUCAGUA